AUGAACCCUGCUGAUGCACAUGCGCAACGACAUCUACGUCUCCUAAGAAAUAUCCAGCUCAACGAUAACGUACAUGCGUCAAUUGCAAACGAGAUAGCCAAAGAUCCAGACAAAUUUUCUCGCCAAACUAGGGCCAAACAUGCUUACGAGGAAGUCACUGCUUCUUUCAAAGACCAGGGUUCCAUGCCCUUGAAGAAGAAACGGUCGCCUAAUCCAUCCCCCACAGUUAGAAAGCCGCAAACGCCGACUUCAUAUUCAUGGUGUCUUCCCGCAGACGCAGAGACUGCUAAUGCUCUUAGUCCUUACGUGAAAUUUCCGAAAAUUGAUCCAUUUCGUGGAACGUAUAAGAAACAUGUUCUGAAGUUGAUCUAUAAUCCGACCAAGUUCUUGAACUUUGAAAACCUCAUAUCCAACUCAAGUGUAGACCCUGAUAGGUAUGAGAUUGACUUUAACGUCCACGAAACGCAGACUCUUUUCAACAAGAUAGACAACGAUCACUCUAUGCCGUAUCGAUGUGCCAUUGCUGACAAGAAAGACUUCAGUACCCAAAAUACCACGCCGUCGAUAAAGGAUCGUGAGUUUUUCCAGGCACUUUUGUACAAUGCGAGUCCCGCCUCGUAUUACAACGGAAACCUACUCUUGGCCUUCACAGAAGCUGAAGAUAAAGAAUUGCAGCAUGCCAAAAAAUCUAAGGUCAAAAGGGAGGCUGCAAGAAUUGAAUAUAUUCACCUCCGUGGUUACGAAAUAAAGACGUGGUAUACGGCACCAUACCCAGAAGAGUUCAAUAAAAAUAAAAUACUUUACAUUUGCGAGUAUUGUCUGAAGUACAUGAAAUCAAGGUAUGUCUUUCACCGCCAUCAAUUGAAGUGUUCUUUGCGACAUCCUCCAGGAAAUGAGAUUUACAGAGAUGGAAAAAUAUCGGUCUGGGAGAUGGACGGGCGUGAGAACGUCAUAUAUUGCCAAAGCUUGUGUUUGCUGGCAAAACUUUUUUUAAACUCCAAAACUCUUUACUAUGAUGUGGAGCCCUUCAUUUUUUACGUUCUUACCGAGCGGGAGGAUCUAGGAGGUCAAAGUCAUUUUCACUUCGUUGGGUAUUUUUCGAAAGAAAAGCUCACUUCAACGGACUAUAACCUCAGUUGUAUUCUUACCUUACCCAUUUAUCAAAGGCGAGGUUAUGGUCAUUUUUUAGUGGACUUUUCAUACCUGCUCACUAGAAGAGAAUAUAAAUGGGGAACACCAGAAAAACCGUUUUCUGACUUGGGUUUGCUGUCCUACAGGAACUACUGGAAAAUCAAGCUAUGCGAGGUAAUAGGCUCUUUAAAAAACGACAUUUUGAAUGCUCAAAGAAAUGGACUUAACUUCCAAUGCAGCCUGGAGGACCUCUCUAAUCUCACAGGAAUGAUACCGACCGAUAUAGUUUUUGGUCUUGAGCAGCUCAAAAUUCUCCAAAAAUCCCAAAAGGGUGACAAAACAUUCUACGCCCUAAAAAUUAGCGACUGGUCGCUUAUAGACAAUAUUAUAACGGCUUUCAGCUCCAAGAACUUGUGCUCUCUGCGGCCCGAGAAACUGGUAUGGAAGCCAAUGAUUUUCGGACCUUCAUGCGGCAUUAAUGCAAUGGGAACGAUGAUGGAAACUACGGGCGCAACUCGAACUACAAAUACAGGCCGAAGUAAUGGUGUCGAUAACUUCAAGAAUAGCAUUUCGGUACUGGUCAACUUUCUGCAGGAUGACAUUGCUGAUCCGAAAAGUAUCGAGGAAACAGCUCUAGAGAAGGUUCGAUCUCAGCGAGUACCUGAAAUUGAUAGUCAAUUUCUGGCUAACAUGAAUCUACUUCAGACAGAAGAUAUCGGCCUCUCGCCUCAAACUGUAGAUGGUUCAACCUAUUUGCAGGCUGACGAAACUUAUUUGCAUAACAGGCAUAUGUUAAGUGAGGGACGUAACGAGGAGGAUAACGACAUAGUACAGGAUGGACAAGAGCAAUUUUCUGAGGGAGAAGAAAGAGAGACAAGUAGAAAAGGAUCAGAUGUACCCGAACUACUUGAUAAAAAUCUUCAUUUCACCGACGGGCACGAAUACGAAGACGCCAAAUACACAAGCGCUUCGGACGGAGAUGACAAUCACCUUGAGACUGAUUCAUCGGAUUCAACUGCCUGUGUUAAAAGAAGUAGGAGGGGACGCGUCCUGAAAAAAAUAUUUGAUAGCGGCGACGACACUGAUGAGGAACGUGUAACCAGAAGGCAACUAAGGAGCAUGAAGUGCUCCCACUAA